GACCCUGGGGAACCAACGCUUGGCCCUGCGAAACGUUGUGUCCCGUCCCAAUCGCCGUCCAUUCGCGACUCUCACCAGCACAUCGGUUCGCGACCGACGACGCCUGUCCGCUAUCCCGCAGACCAGCAUCCCUCAGCUCAGCUCAGCCAAUCCGAGCUCACCGCGCGGAACGGAUGGCUCCCCUGGUUCGGAAGAGCCGCCAGAACCAGACGUCACGUCUGCACAUCGGCAUGGAUGGAGGGCUCGGCGAUUCGGCCCGAACGCCAUCCAUGGAUCUUAUCCAUUAUGGGAGCGCGGUCCUCCCCUAUGCGCUGCGCGCUUCCCUCUGUCGUCCCAGGGUCUCCUCGCGUCCCUACCGCUAUAAAUCUCAGCCGGACUCAGCGUACCUUUCAAAUUGUCGAAGUAACUGAGCUACUGCACUUCAAUCGCUACUAUCACCGUUGUCGUGAGACGCUCACCGCCAAUCUCCGUCGUUCGCUCUUCGUUCUCGUCGCUCGCAAUGGCUCGCCAUCCCCUCCGCGCACCCCAGCUGGUGGCUCUGGUGACGCUAGCUGCUAUCGCUGCGCUCCUCGCUUCUGCGCCUGCCGCGAACGCCGAUGGAGUGAACUACAGCAAGAGCAGCCUCGACUGGGAGGGCGCGUGUGCGUCAGGUGAGAGCCAGUCGCCCAUCAACAUAGUGAUGGACGAGGCACGGACUGUGAGCGAGGCGGAGAAGUUCCACGUGGACUAUGAAACGGCAGCCACCACUGCCACCGUUGUCAACAAGGGCUACACCAUCCAGGUGGUCCCGAACCCAUCCAACUCCUACAUGCUGCACAUAGCCAGCGGCAGCUAUGCCUUGAAGCAGGUGCACGUGCAUUCCUUCUCAGAGCACGCAGUCAACGGGCUCUUCGCCCCCAUGGAGGCCCACUUCGUGCACGCACACAUCGACAACCCCUCCCAGCUCGCAGUAGUCGGCGUCCUGAUCCGCCUGCAGCGCGACGACAAGCCCAGUGCGUGGGUCAACUCAUGGCUGCCCGAGACCCCGUCUGCAGUGAAUGCGACGGCGGGCAUUGAGGUUCCCGGGAACUUCUGGAGGGAGAUGGUGGACGCGUCCGUGGGGUUCUGGCGCUACCCGGGCUCGCUCACCACUCCCGGCUGCGAUGAGAUCGUCGAGUGGCACGUGCUGCGCAAGGCCAAGUUCCUCUCCGUCGCUCAGGCUGCCAGCUUCAUGAAUCUCAUGGGAGAGCUGAACCAGGAGCGCACCAACAACCGCCUGCCAGAGCCACUCAACAGCAGGGAGGUCACCUACUUCCCUAACGUCACCGCUUGAUCAGCAGCACCUCCGCUUCGCUGACAUGGCACUACUGUUCCAGCAUCAUGAGUGGAGCUUGAGUAUGAGUGGAUGGGGUAUGUGUGGUGUGGUCUUUGUUGACAUGUACGCAUCACUAUGUCAAUGAAAUGGAAUUCUUUUGUCAGCAGCUGUGAAGGGAUGAAGGAGACGUACAAAACUUG